GGAUACUAGUUGAAGCAUGAAGAAGACCCAGCAUUACUACUUACUCAGCAGCUCUUAUCGCUGAGUCAGAGGAGGCAGCUGAUGGCGUAAUAAAGAUACUUACAGUAGGUAGGGAGCUCUAUGAUUGGCUGGGAGGGAGCUCUGCCUCCUCCAUGUGCAGCGCUGCCCCUGGUUAAUAGAGGUGUGAGUCUUCCUGCAGCUCCAUCCCGCACAGACACCUGUUGGCUGCUGAUCACCAUGGACACGCUGCAGAGGGUAUUUAAAGGAACCUUUGUGCAUUCCACGCGCACCUGCGCUAUGGAAGUAUUGGAACACCACAUUCUCGGUGUUGGUACCUCAGGCAAAAUUUUGUUUGUAGAAAGUGAUCAUGAACAAGAGAACUUGUUACAGAAGUGGGGAUUUGAAGAAAGAAAAAUUGAAGAACUGAGCCAAAAUGAAUUCUUCAUGCCUGGAAUGAUUGAUACCCACAUACAUGCCCCCCAGUAUGCAUUUGUAGGAUCAGGAAUGGAUAAGCCUCUUCUACAGUGGCUGGAAUUUACUACUUUCCCUACUGAAGAAACUUUCUCCAACUUGGACAUUGCAGAGAAUGUAUACGGAGAAGUUGUGCAAAGGACAUUGAUGAAUGGGACAACUACGGCUUGCUACUUUGCUACAAUUCACACAGAUUCUUCCCUCAUUUUGGCUGACAUUGCACAUCAAUAUGGUCAAAGAGCAUUCAUUGGAAAGGUUUGUAUGGAUAGCAAUGAAACCUAUCCAAAAUAUAUUGAAAGCUCUGAAGAGUCUAUUAAUGAAACAGAAAGGUUUAUAGAAGCCAUGGAAAACAAGAAAUAUAACAGAGUUAAACCUAUCAUCACUCCUCGGUUUGCGAUAUCUUGUAGUGAAAAGUUGCUGAAUGAACUUGGUGACCUUGCAGACAAAUUUCAGCUGCACAUUCAGAGCCAUAUAAGUGAGUCAACUGAUGAAAUUGCAGAAGUAAUGAGGUUGUUUCCUGGUUACAAUAGCUAUACAGAGGUAUACGACAGAAACAAAUUACUGACAAGCAAGACAGUGAUGGCACAUGGUUGUCAUCUGACUGAUGAAGAGCUCAGUAUCUUUAGAAGAAAAGGAGCUGCAAUAUCCCAUUGUCCCAAUUCAAAUAUUUCGUUGUGCAGUGGUCAUCUGGAUGUACAAAAUGUUUUAAAACAGAAGGUUAAAGUGGGGCUCGGAACAGAUGUUGCUGGAGGCUACUCAGUUUCAAUGCUUGAUGCCAUUCGUAAAGCAAUAGAGACAUCGAAAAUUAUCUUUAUGGAAAAGCAAAAAAGAAAGCAAGAAAACAGGACACUCUACCAAAAUGAAAUUGCACAGAAUGGAAUAGCAUCAGAUCUAAAUUCAGUAAAUGAUACAGACCAUGAUUAUAAAGUUCUAAGUAACCAGGAGGCAUUCCGACUCGCAACUCUGGGAGGAUCUGAAGCACUGAAUAUAGAUCACAUCACAGGAAACUUUGAAGUGAACAAAGAAUUUGAUGCCUUGUUAAUAAGCACUGCACCUGAAAUUAGAGCACAUGAAAACCUUUUUGAGAUCCCUACAGAGGAUGCAGUCCAGAGAUUCCUGUUUCUUGGUGAUGACCGUAAUAUCAAAGCCGUUUAUGUAGCUGGAAGACGUGUGGUGCCAUUCCCAAGGAAUGACUAAUGUUAAUCUAAAAUCCAGUAAAGUGAAUAUACAUUAACGAUGGGCAUUCUCAAUAGGAAAUAAAUAAUAUAAUACAUUAUAUACAAAAGCAGUACUUUUUAAACUGGCCCUCAAAGAGUAGUUAAGUGUUCUGAGUCUGUUAAACUAUUUAAUACUGUAGGUCAGUGAUAGCUAACUUUACAUCCCACAUGUAUAAUAGCUGGCAAAUCUAAAAAAAAAAAAUGCACGAUAAAUGUUGAUUACUGUUGUUUCUGUUAAAUCUUUUGUUGUUGACAACCUGGUAGCUAACUGAAAUGGAGCAAAAAUGUAUGAUGAGUUUAAUGGGUAUUGGGUUCAAAUUUAGCAUUUUGCUACAUUUUAGUUUAUGAAUAACAGUGCUGUUUCAGUGAGAAUUGACUUAUAUUGCACAUAAAAAAGGCAGAAUAGGCUUUAGAAAUGAGAAAUAAAAAUGGGCACAAUUUAGACUCCCAAAAAUUCACAAUAUUAAUAUAACAUUUAAUUUCACCAAUCCAAUAUUUCUUGUAUCUAAUGGCGGAUACAAGAAGGUAAAUUACAAUGCAAUAAAGUGGUGUAAAAAGUGCUGCGUGUGUUUCUCUAUUGUUAAACAUCAUCCACUAAAAUUUGAUUAAACUAAAAUUAAAUAAUUUUAAUAACUUUUAGCCACUAGAGGUGUUACUAGCCAGCAAUGUACACAUUGCCUUUUCUCUGUUUACAUUGCUCAGCCUACAGGGACAUGCUGCAGACACCAUGACCACUACAUUAAGCUAUGGUGGUUCUAGUGACUAUGGUGUCCUUUUAAUCUGACUUUUUAAUUAUAUUUUGCAGUUUUUUUCCUUUUUUAAAAUUCAACAA